ACGUUGGCAUUGGACAAACAAUUGCGUGUUAUGUAAGUGGAAAACACAAACACGUUGUUAUGGGAAACAUAGUAACAAAGGUUUGCUGGUGACGCGUACGCACGAUAAUGGUAAGCAUUUCUUUGCAAAGUGUAAUCGCUUUUAUUAACUCGAUUUGUAUUCAGAUUGUAACCAAGAUCGAAACCAAUCUUCUUGAGGAGAGUUUGUUGCAACUUGAAGAGAGAUUUACGUGACUUUGAGGAAUUCACCACGUUUCGGAGUUCGAGCAACAUGUUUGGAUUAAUGAGACUUUUGGAAAUGUUGUUGCUGCGUUUUGAUGUCAACGCAGUUUUCGGGACGUCAUCAUGUGAAGAACAAAAUUUCCGUUAGCAAAGUAUCAUGCUGAGCGCCGCCCGCAAACUCCUCUCGAACAUAAAGCCGAACAUCACGAAACUCUUCGCCAACAACGAUCCGGAGCCGAAGGCCUGCGUGGAUGUGAAGAUCAAGGUGCCGUGGGGCAACGUGUGCGGGAAAUGGUGGGGUCCUCAAGAUCGCAGACCCAUCCUCGUCAUUCACGCCAUCAAGGAGAACUGCGGUAGCUUUGACCGUCUCAUCCCGAUGCUCAGCAACAAGAUCGGCUUCCUGACCAUAGAUCUGCCGGGACACGGUAAAUCCAGUCAUCUGCCGUCAGGGAUGCUGUACACGGAUCAGAUGAUGCUGCUCACCAUCCACCUGAUCAAGAACUUCUUCGAGUGGGAUCGUGUCUCGUUGAUGGGACAUUCGAGCGGCGCCGCGAUCGUGUUCAUCUACGCGGUGAUCUGUCCACGGAACUGCGACAUGGCCAUCUUCCUGGACGCUCUCUAUCCACCGUUUCCGCCCAAGCACAACAAGAUGGACACGAUCUACAAAGACAUGGAGCGAGCUCUUGUGAUCCAGAGGGAUUUGGUGAAAGGUCCGCCGACGACAACUUUGGGUACGCUCGAGAGAACGAUGUACGUGCAGUCGGGGAAAUCGAUCGACCUGCAGAACGUCUGCUACCUGCUCGAUCAGGGUGUCGUCCCAUCGAAGCACGAUCCCGGCACCUACCAUUUCAGCAGGGACACGCGCUGCAAUCUCUUUUCGUUCAGACUGGUGGACAGAGAGGAUUGUCUUUUCGCCUGCAGACAUGUCGGUUUUCCCAUCCUGAUCACGAAGACUGACGACAGUCCUUAUUUCGAGAACGAAGAGGAGUUCACGAAAUUCUACAAGGUUCUGCUGUACGCGAGUCGCAAUUGCGAGGUGCACGACAUCCUCGGAUCGCAUCACGUCCAUCUGAACGAACCGGAGAAGAUCGCCAAAGUCGUCAACAAGUUUCUCGACAAAUUCGACGUGAACACGAAACUAUCAGCAAAGAUCGAUGUAAAGAGUAAACUGUAACUCAAGAUGAUUUUCAUAUAUUGUCCGGAAAAUAUGUUCUGCGGAAUCUACACGCAAAUUAAUUGAUGUAAAGCAACAGGCGACGCGGGAGAUGCACAGAGAUGGGGGCCGACGCAAAGAUGGACGCACACGUGAACCAAUC